GAGGUCUGGAACUAGUAAAUAGAACAAAACAGAAAACACAAACGAAAUUGUUGAAAAGAAAUAUUUUAUUGAGUUUAUUCAAGCUGUAACAGUUCUUUCGGCUUUUUCUCUUUUUAAAUAAGUAAGAAAUUAUCGUGCCUGCUUACUCCGUCCAUGGCGGACGCAACGUCUUUAGCGACAGUAAAGGUGUUGAGUUUAGAAUUGAAAGCCUUACAAAAGGAACCUGUCGAAGGUUUUCAAGUUAGUUUGCCAGACGAUAGCAAUUUUUUUGAAUGGAAUAUCAUCGUAUUUGGAGCUCCAAAGACUCUUUAUGAAGGUGGAUACUUUAAGGCCCACAUGUCCUUUCCAAACAACUAUCCCUACGCUCCUCCGACCUUCAGAUUUUGUACACGAAUGUGGCAUCCUAACAUUUAUGAGACUGGAGAUGUAUGCAUAUCAAUACUUCAUCCUCCCAUUAACGACCCGCAGAGUGGCGAGCUGCCGUCAGAAAGAUGGAAUCCAACGCAGACUGUUAGAACUAUUUUGUUAAGUGUGAUAUCAUUAUUGAAUGAACCAAAUACGUUUUCACCUGCAAAUGUUGAUGCUUCAGUGAUGUACAGAAAAUGGAGGGACUCCAAAGGCAAAGAUGAUGAAUAUGUUAAAAUUAUCAAAAAACAAGUGUCAAAAAGCCAACAAGAAGCAGAACGUGAUGGUAUUAAAAUACCACUUACUAUGGAAGAAUACUGUAUUAAAUCCAAACCCAAACCUCCUGAAGAUGAAUAUAAUGAUUUCCUUGAUGACUAUGCAGACGAGCUUGACUCUGAUAACUCUGAUGAUGAAGAUGACUUAGUUGCCGAUAGCCAAGACUCUGGAAAUGAAGAAUCUUGAUCUCCUAUCAUGUAUAAUGUAUAAAUGACCAUGUACAAUAGUGACUGUAUUAUAAUAUUGGCAUAAAAAGCUAUGACAUAGUGUUUAAAACUUAAACUGAUGAUUUUUGUUAAUUGCUUUGCUGAUUACUACUGUUAAGUGAUCAGUUAACCUUGUUAAGUAAUGGUUGUUUUGAGCUGUUGUGUUGUUUCUUAAAUGGAUUUUUUUGUAAACAGAA